AUGGGGGUAAUUUUUGGAGUAUCUGUUGUGUUGGUACAAUGCUUCGUUUACCAUAAUGCCACUGACACUUCAGUGUGUUUUAAAAAUGUAACAGGACAGCAUGAAUGUUGCAGCGAUUAUAAAAAUGUCUCUGGAAAAUGCGAAGAAUGCAUCGGUUCGUUUGGAAAAGAAUGUGCCAAUGAAUGCAAUAAUGGUUACUAUGGACAUGGCUGCCGCUAUAAGUGUAGCUGCACAAAACAUUUUCAGAUUUGCGAUUCAAAAUACGGAUGUAUUCAACGUGGUGCUACUUUUAAUGACUCGAAGACAAUUUCGAGUUCAGUAACAAACUCGGAUGACUAUGUUAUGAAGAGAUCACUGUUGGCUUUUUGCGGCUUUAUGGCGCUACUUUUAUUAGGAAUUAUCAUUUAUGUUUACCAAAAGCUGAGAAAACGAAGCAUUCAAAAUAGAAGAUCUUCAGCUAACGUUGAUGAACAGCAAGAUUCACAGGAGGAUGGUGUUUAUACUGAUGUAAGAGAACCCAGAAUUUACGAUCAAUGUAGAAAUUUCGAUUUACCCACUUACUUCCUUGACAACACUGAUCGAACCAAAUUGGAUAAACAGAAAAAUAAAAUAUCACGCCAAGUCAGUGUACCGGAAACUCGCUUCGAAACGCUGGAAUCGAAUGUUUACGAUGAUUGCAACAGAUUGAACAGUCCAUCAUCCUCGCGUACCUACUCUAGCGUUAUGAAUUAUGACUAUGACCUUACAUGUAUCAAAUCAUCCAAAUCUCUAUCAAUGUCAAAAAUUAAAGACAACAAUUCUGGUCAAUAUCAUAAAGAGAAUAAUGAAGGCCUCAUUAACCAGUAUGAUGAAUUUCGACCUAUGAUGAAUCGUCCAUACAGUUCCGUGAAAUACGACAGACAAACCACAACGGACACCAAUAAGGAUUGAAUUCCUUUUUUUUUCAAAUCCAUGAAAGAUACGUUCACGAUUUUUGUCAAAAUUUAUUUUUCCGUUUUUAAUAUUUAAGUAUUAUAAUGAGGCAUAUCUAAUGGUCAACGAAAUUUGGAAUGCCUAUCGUUCAGUUAUAAACGAUUUACGGAGAAGGCUUACAUAGGCAUUGCCUUA